GACAACAUAAGAAAAAUGGCAGAGGUGAAACUACUAGGAGCCUGGCCUAGUCCCUAUGUUCAAAGGGUUAUAUGGGCUCUAAAACUCAAGGGUGUAGAGUUUGAAAAUGUAGAAGAGAAUGUGUUAUUCAACAAGAGUGAUGAGCUUCUCAAGUACAACCCAGUACACAAGAAGAUUCCUGUUUUUGUUCACGAUGGAAAACCAGUUGCAGAAUCCAUUGUCAUUCUCGAGUACAUUGAAGAGGCAUGGCCACACAACCCUUUGCUUCCCAAAGACCCUCAUCUCAGAGCCGAAGCUCGGUUCUGGGCAAAGUUCGGAGAGGACAAGGACCGAGCUUUCCGCGGCUUCUUUUUUGUCACCGGAGAAGAACAGGUUAAGGCUGUCAAAGAAUCGCAGGAAAAUCUUAAAAUCUUGGAAGAGCAUGGCCUGGGAAACAAGAAGUUCUUCGGCGGCGAAGAGAUUGGAUUGGUCGAUUUGGCGUUCGGGUGGAUAGCUUGGUGGCUGGAAGCCUGGGAGGAAGCAGCUGGGGUUAAAGUGUUUGAAGCUGAUCGCUUUCCUCGCUUGCAGGCAUGGAUUCAAAGGUUCAGGGAGGUUCCCACAAUCAAAGAGAACCUUCCUGAUCGCAAUGCACUGUUGACGUUUUUCAAAACCCGAAGAGCAACGAUUAUUGCUUUAGCAAAACCAUGAACAUCACAAUGCUAUCAUUUCUGUAUUUUACUUGUUCAAUAAUUCCCAGAAAAUAAAAGCUCUUGAAGUUCAA